UGAAUGACUGUGGGAACAAAAAUCACAGGAAGACAAAUUUCAGCUCAGAGAGGAAGGGCUGUGACCCUCUGGCCAUUGAGUGACUUGGCCAAAGCCACUCACACAUCAAGUACUUCUGUAGUCUGCUCCAUCUAGGCUAGGAUCGCUCUGGAGACCUAUUCCUCCUCAGACCAGAGUCAUACAAGUGGCAGCAGUGCAGAGGGCAAAGAAAAGUAGACUGGGAAAACCGUACUGGAUAACGUCCCAAAGCUCUUAUCUUGCUGCCUGAGACUGAGGUCUCCAGGGAGAAAGCUCCAAAAUCUGACUCUACCCCCACAAAAGAGGGUCCCGUGCUCCGUCCGCAUCCUAGUUAAUAAGGCCUGACUCCGCCCCUUUAGUGACAGAUGGACCCUGGCUCCACCUCCAGUGACACUUUGACUCCUCCUCUGAAGAAGAAACGCUCAGACUUCGCCUCUUCCGGGUAAUAGGCAAGCCCCACCCCUGGAGCGCGACGGAGUCCCUAUGACGUAACGGAGACGUUCGGAGCCCAGGACAUGUCGGGAUUGAGGAGAUACGAGGUGGCGCUGGAGGCGGAGGAGGAGAUCUACUGGGGUUGCUUCUACUUUUUCCCCUGGCUGCGCAUGUGGCGGAGGGACAGGAGCUCGGCGCAUUCCCGGGAGCAGAAGCUGGAGCCUCUACGAGGCCUGAUGAGCUGUCUGUCAAGCGGCCUGGGCCCUGCCCCCCAGCGUUCGGGUCGCGGCCUCCCCCGCCGCACCCCCACCGCCACUGCCCAGCCAGCCGGUGCAUUAAAGAUUUAAACCGAA